AUGAAUAAUGAGGAUCAAGGACCAAGUGAAACUGCAAAGACAUCAGAGAAACACACUAAAGAGCCAAAAGAGGAUAAUCUGAAACACUUACACAAGAAUGGUCGCCACUAUGUGCGUUGUGAGACAUGCUUUUCGAACCCCAAUGUCGUCAAGAUUUUCAGCAGGAAAGCUAAACUUCCAGCGAUUGCUCAAGAACCGGGGACUAUAUAGAUCGGAAGAGCGUCGUUUCCGACCAUCUGAACAGCGAAAUUCAUCGCGAAGCAAAAAAGACGAAGAGAUUGUUGUCUUUGAAAGGACCGCAAAAGCUUCAUAUGACGUCAUUGACACCAAUUGGAAGGGCAUUAUCGAUCGCAGAUGCACAAUUGGCUGCGAAAGUUGCUAGCUUAUUUUUUCACGUUUACCAUGGUGCUAAGAGACUUACUUUGUCUGCCAAUUCUUUCCCUUCACGUGUGGUUGUAAGCCGAAUAGCAAAUGCGUUUUCUUUUGAUGAUUGGAGUAUAAACGACAUGCCUAAUGAUCUCCAAUACCUUUCACCAAACGCACACAGCGAAUUCCUCAAAUGCAUUGUAAAGACAGAUAGAAAUUCACUUGCUUCAAAGAUGUCAAACUCGUUGGCCAUCUCCUUAAGAUGUGACGGAUCGGUUGAUAGAACGCAGAUAGAUAAGAUAUAUUUAAUGGCUAAGGCCAUAUCUAGAGACGGAAAAGAAAACAAUAUCUUUCUCGGCGCGGGAGAGCCAAAAGAAAGAGGAGCAGUUGGGGUUCACAAGGCUAUACUUUCGGCAUGUUCAGCAACCCUUGGCGAAAAUACCGAAGGUGAAGAAGAAGCUUUGUUGACUCAAAGCAAGAAAGUGUUUCAACGUGCUUCUUCUUUUGUUACUGAUGGUGCAUCAGUAAAUACUGGAGAAAAAAAUGGUCUUUGGGUUUUGAUUGAUCGUGAUUUCAACCUUCCUUUGGGCGAUGAAGUACCAACACCGAUGAUAAAAAUUUGGUGCGCUGCUCAUCGUUCGCAGGUGGCCUGGAAAUCUGUCACCAAUUCAAUUCAGGAA